AUGCUCUACACAAAUGCGCAAACGAUUUUCCUCGCCGCCCUUGUCGCACAGAGCUUGGCCAUUCGAUUGCCCGACUAUGGUCACCAGAGCCAAAAUACGCCAAGUCUGCAUCGGCGAACGAGCAUACGUCCUAAAUUCGCAGCGACUGAUCGCGCAAAUCCAAACCUCCGUCGGGGUCUUUCUGGAGAGAGCUCCUGGUUGAAAGAAGCAGCAGAACACGCGACAAGCGCGUCGACCUCAAAUGGUGGGAACGUAGACAAGCAGCUGAAGAAGCCAACUGGACACAGGGUCCACAGCCAUAAGAUAACCAAGACGAACAAAGUAUUCGGGGAUACUGAGCUCAAAGCACCCUUGAAGGAGCUCGACAACAUCUAUGACAACCCCUUCAGCCCUGUUGCGCCGGUCGCCAUCAGCUUUGGGCGUCACGGCAAUGAGUCGGAGCGCGCCGCUUUGAUAGAGGCAAUCCAUCUUCACAAGAAACUGUUCGUCCCCGACAUGAAGGGCUUCAUCGUGAGUGUUGCUCACCAAAGCUACGGACAGGCAGCAUGUUGCUGAUGUGCUCGUCCAUCACUUAGGCAGGUCGACAAGCCUUUCGGGCCUGCUGUUUCAGAGCCGGCUCUACACGCCAUUGGCCGAGCGUACGAUGAAUAUCAUAACAUCAUCGAAGGGGGCGGCACGACUUCAAGAGGAGAUAAUUUCGAGCAUCAUCACGUCUUCAUGGCUCCAGGCUCCUCUUACGUUCGUGAUAAUGGAUGGAAGGUCCACUCGCAAUUGCCAGAGGCGAGAGCGCGAACGAGAACAUCCAUCAACGACAAUGCGUUGGUGAGAGAGUCUCUGCGAGGGUGCAGACCAAGAAUAGACUUUGGUAAGGAGGCAGUCAAGCAUAUCGACAAUUUCUUCACCCCGCCUGGCCGGUGUCCACCCCGAGGACCCGACGGACGGUUUCGGCCAAAGCCAAAAUUGGACAACGCAACAGGAUCUGAGCAUCGCAAACCCGGUAGGCCUAAUCUCAAGCGUCAGCGACCACUUGCAAUAGCGACUCCCCGUCCGCUUCCACCCUCAAAGGGGACUGCACCUGAAUCUAAAGGCACAGACAAAGACAGGAGUGCAUCGGAAGCUGAAGCAGUUCACAAUGAUAGUGGACCGCAGAGUUUCGCUUCUGUCCAUGAUGGCAGACCACGCGGUGCCGCUUCUUCUCCCACGCGCGAGACCCCUCAGCCCGAUUCUCCAUCGGACUGGUUGAACCUGAACCAUUGGUCUCCGCACUCCUCGCGGGCUGGUACUCCAGACACCAACCACGUGUCUCCCAAAGCUAGCUCUUCUGUGACACAACCCAUUCGCCACCCCGAUUCUCCGUCAAAUUGGCUCAAUUUAGACAACUGGCCAGAUGAGGCCGCUCAUCGCAAUAAUCACUAG